AAUCCUUCUCAAAAAUGGCGACCAAAAUAGAAAACACGUUGGGUUUGUUGUGAAAAACUAAAUGUUGUAAGUGGGAAUUGGUGAAACAUUAAAACAUAUGUUCAGAAAUGAAAUUAACACCUUUGUAACAUUUUAAAAGACAAAGACAGCACAACUGCACAGUAGAAUUAGGAUUGAGCAUUUAUAAGGGAGUUUCUUAAAGCAUCAUAAUCCAUGUUACACUGCAUCCUUCUUAAUGCAAGACAAUAUUGCUAGUAAGAACUAAAGAAGACUAAAGACCCUUCAAAUUUACAAAGGUUUUGGGAUUGAUCCUGAGGUUGGUCAGUAUUGAAAUUGGUAUUAACUGCUUCAUUGCCCACCAGAGUCAGUGCAAAGACAUCUUUGAGUCUGAAUAAGUUAGCAUUUCUUCCUACUGACAGUUACUUACAGUGAGAAAAAUCCAACUCUGUUUUUGGUUUAGUAAAAAGCAGAUUAGAGAAAGAAUGAGUGCAGCAAAGAUGGUUGCUGACUCCACUCAAGGAGAUUUGGAUGAACCGAAGAAAAAGAGGAAGAGAAAGAAAGAAAAUAUUAAGAAAAAGUCAAAGAAAUUGAAGAAAAGAGAUAGUAGAAAAGGAAAGUAUAGCAGAAAAGAAGAUGAUGAUUCUGACCUUGACCUUGAGAAAGAACUUCAGCCAAUAGGUGAUUACAUAAGGGAACGGUCUGAGAUGAAUGAAGAAAUUUUCCACUGUCUUCGUGGACCAUCUUUACAACGCUACAUACCAGAUGUACUCAAGGAAUUGCCACUAGAAGUGCUUAAAAAAAGAUGUUUAGAACACCUUGAAAUAAUGUCCAAAAAGAGAAUCCGUGGAAUUCUAGCAGGUGAUGAUCCAGGAACUAUUUCCUCCUCAGGAACAGAGGAAGACUCCUCUGGUGAGGAACAGGAGGAGGAAGCUCCACAAGAAAUAGAAGAAGACCUAACCUAUGACCUAGGUAAAGAAAGUGGAGAAGAGAAGGGAAGUGAUAGCGAUGUUGACAGAGAAAGUGACGGAGAAGAAGACAAAAAGAGUGAAAGAUCUGUGAGUGUAAUAGGAGAAGAAGUGAAUGAAGACUUGGAAGAUGGUGAGACUGUUUCUGAUGAAGAUGAAGAUUUUACUACAGAAAAAUCUAAAAAUGUAUGUGAAGUUAGUUCAGACACAGAAGGGGAGAUUACUUCUGAUGAAAGUGGUGAAGAUAAAGAUGACACCAACAAAAAGACUGAUGAUCAGUUGAAUAUUGACAAAAAAAAUAAAGGGCAAGAGAAAGCAUAUCAAAAGGGAGGAGAACAGGAAAAUGUUGACAAAAAGGAAAGUAUUCACGAUAAAAUGAAUACAAAAGAAAUAGAGAAACAAAGAGAGGAUGAAGAGCUUUGCAGGGUCAGAGACAAAUAUCAAAUACCAGUAGACAAUGAUGCAAAUAAUGACAAUGAUUUAAACAAGGAUUUUAAGACCAAGUCGGUAGAUGUUUAUAGGGACACAGAUCAAGACAUGGAGAUAGUAAAUGAUGCUAAAGAGGAAAGAAGUCAAAAUGUACGGCAAGAAAAGGAGGAGAAAUCAGUAGUAAAUACAGCUGUUGAGGAAGGGGAGAUAAAUGAGGAGAAUUCAGAACAGAUGGUUUCAGCAUUAAAACACAAUAAAAUUGUUACAUCAGAAAUGGAUAUAGAUAUUCAAUCAGAAAAGUUGGCAAAUAUGAAGGAUGAUUAUGUCAAGUUUAAAGACCAAUCUUCUGAACAACAAAAGGAUAUUGCAGAAGAUAAAGAUAAUUUGGUUAAAACACAUAAGAAUGAAGAUGAUAUAUCUAUGGGUAAUGAAAAUAAAUCUGUAUUGGAUAAACCUUUCGAUGAAAAGGAAAAUAGAAUUCAAAAUGUUUCUAAAAAUUUAGGGGAAAGUAAUGUUAUGGAAGGUGUUGAGUCUUGCCUAGCAACACCUUCAGAGAAAUUGGCCUCUUCAAAUUAUCAACAUGAAUCUGACAAAAGACAGGAUGCUCAUUCAGCUAUAUCUGAUACAAGGAAAGUGGAAUUGAGUGGGACAAGGGAGAUAAGUCAAUCUCGAUCAGUUGUAUUAUCACUGGAGGAAGGUAAAAGUAAGGGGAGAGGAAUUUCAAAGACUGGCCAGAGUAUAACUCUAUCAAUGUCUUCAACUCAUUCUGGUACCCCUCCUAUAAAAUCUGUAAUGGACAGGUUAGGAAGUCAAGUUACAUCAACAUCAAAGAUCUCACCCUCACAGUUGUCAACAAGACCUGUCUCAAAUGUAACAGGUGCUCCCUCCUUGGCAAGACAAUCAUCUACCAAGUUAAGUUCAAAAACUUCAUCAUCAGGUACAUCAUUAUCAUCCAAGACAUCUUCAAUCAAACAGUCAUCCGAAGGAACGAGUUCUAAGACAUCUUCAAUCAAACAGUCAUCAGUAGGAACGAGUUCUAAGACAUCUUCAAUCAAACAGUCAUCAGUAGGAACGAGUUCUAAGACAUCUUCAAUCAAACAGUCAUCAGUAGGAACGAGUUCUAAGACAUCUUCAGAAUCAACAUCAGAUCAACCCAUACCCUCAUCAUCUAAAGCAAAAAUAUCUAAAACUGACUUAACGCCAAAAAGUGAUGAAACUUUAGCCCCAGCGUUGACAAAGAACCAGAUGGAAUUAUUAGAGCUGGAAAUGAGAGCUAGAGCCAUCAAGGCAAUGCUUGCUGCCCAUGAGAAAAAAGAAAAACAAUUAGAGAAACAAGCCAAAUUAUAAAGACAAUUAAAACACAAGAAGAACUGUUAAAUCUGCCUAGAUUGUCAUUUAAUUUUUACAUUCAUUCAUAAGAACAGUGGACAAUUUUAGAAUGUGAGAAAAUCAUGAUAUUUUUACUCAUUAAUUGUUGAAUUUUGAAUAAAUAUUUUUGUUAAAUUUAA